AGGCUUCAUAAGGGAGUGUCACCAUCUCACAAUCUCUCCUGCCAGCAAAGGGAAACCUAAAGAGGAAAGAGUGCCUAAAGCCGGGAAAAAAAAUACUUCUUCUUCCACCAACAUGUGCACUGCUGGAAAAGAUAUUACAUGCAAGGCAGCUGUUGCCUGGGAGCCUCAUAAACCUCUGUCCAUUGAAACAAUUACUGUGGCUCCACCAAAAGCCCAUGAAGUUAGAAUUAAGAUUCUUGCCUCUGGUAUUUGUGGAUCAGACAGCAGUGUACUGAAAGAAAUUAUUCCUUCCAAAUUUCCAGUGAUUUUGGGCCAUGAAGCAGUUGGAAUUGUUGAAAGUAUUGGGGCAGGAGUAACUUGUGUAAAACCAGGUGACAAAGUAAUCCCACUUUUUGUGCCCCAGUGUGGAUCUUGUAGAGCCUGUAAAAGUUCAAAUAGCAACUUCUGUGAAAAAAAUGACAUGGGUGCAAAAACAGGGCUGAUGGCGGACAUGACCAGCCGAUUUACUUGUAAAGGCAAACCAAUUUACAACUUAAUGGGCACAAGCACUUUCACUGAAUAUACGGUUGUGGCUGAUAUAUCUGUUGCCAAAAUAGACCCCAAAGCCCCUCUUGAAAGUUGCCUUAUUGGCUGUGGAUUUGCUACUGGAUAUGGUGCAGCAGUAAACACUGCUAAGGUAACUCCAGGCUCUACCUGUGCGGUUUUCGGAUUGGGAGGUGUUGGCUUCUCAGCCAUAGUUGGAUGCAAAGUUGCUGGAGCUUCACGUAUUAUUGGGGUUGGAACUCAUAGCGACAAAUUUCCCAAAGCCAUUGAAUUGGGAGCCACAGAAUGCCUAAACCCAAAAGAUUAUGAUAAACCAAUCUAUGAGGUUAUUUGUGAGAAGACUAACGGAGGUGUAGAUUAUGCCAUUGAAUGUGCUGGACGCAUUGAAACUAUGAUGAAUGCAUUGCAAUGCACUUAUUGUGGUAGCGGAGUGACUGUAGUGCUUGGAUUAGCAUCUCCAAAUGAGCGUGUUCCCCUUGACCCACUCCUACUACUGACAGGUCGGUCAUUGAAAGGAUCUGUCUUUGGAGGCUAUAAAGGAGAAGAAGUCACAAAGCUUGUUGAUGAUUACAUGAAGAAAAAAAUCAAUGUUGACUACUUGGUGAGCACAAAAUUGACAUUGGAUCAAAUCAACAAGGCAUUUGAGCUACUCUCCAGUGGACAAGGGGUUCGAAGCAUUAUGGUAUACUAAGCAGCAAAUGGAUCUGCCAGCAAAUGAUUUAUUCUUGCACUUCUUAGUCUGUUUCAUGCUUCCAUAUUCAAUAAUAUUCAACAUGGACAUUUUUAUUCUCUAAUGAAAGGUGUAUGUUACAACUUAAACCUCUGAAUUAAAUGUAAUUAUUCCUUGACAAUGCAUAGUAUAUUUUUUUCUUUUUUGUACAAUUUUUGCCUGAAAUCUUCGAAUAUAUGAAAAACAGGGUAGAUCUAAUAACAAAUCAAUAAACAUGAGCUUAUUCACUAAAGCAGUUCAAAGUACAUUGACUAUUGUUGUAACCCAUUGCAGCCAAUCAGAAUUCAUCUUUUAACUGAUCUAGCUGUAAUCACAUGGCAUUUAUGUUCCACGUUAUAAAUUGUGUUCUUAUCACUCUGCACUUGAUGUUAUAUUUAAAAUCAGACUACCUUUGUUUCAUAUCAGUGCUGGUCAAGCAAUGGAGUUCAUAGGAAAACAUACUUAUGUACCUUCUGACCACCAGUGUCUGUACCCGAAAGCUCUGUAGGGUCGAAGGGAAUCUGCCAUGAAUUCAGAAAAGUCCAUAUCUACUAGUAGCCUUGGGUCUAUUUUUUUACUAUAUGAAAAUCUGUAAGAAUCAUAUAAUUAUGUUAAAUGACAAGAAAAAGUGCUGAUUUUCAUUUGUCUGCUGCCAAGCUAAUAAUAAUAAAUUCUCUUUAACAUA